ACCUGAAGUUAAAGCCCACCCCACCCCACCCUCUCUCUUUCUUCCUCCUUUGCCAUCUUUACUCUGCUGUGACUUGGUUGCCAUGCCGAGGCUUGAGGCGGAGGUUGCAGUGUUGCUGUGUGCUGUCUUCUUCGUUCCCGCCUCCGGCAUCCUGCACCCGGUGGACUACUUGGUGCUGCAGUCGCUCCGCCAGUCGCUGGCCGACCUCCCGGGCUCCGCCUUCUUCGCCAGCUGGGACUUCACCGCUGAACCCUGCGCCUUCGCCGGCGUGCUCUGCUCCCGCGACCGCGUCGUCGCCCUCUCCCUCGGCGACCCCCGCGCUGGCUCCCCGGGUCUCACUGGCCACCUGCCCUCCUCCCUCAUCCGCCUCUCCGCCCUCGCUGAGCUCUCCCUUGUCCCCGGCCGCGUCGCUGGUCCCCUCCCUGCUUCCCUCCCUUCCAGCCUCCGCUUCCUCGCCCUCUCCGGUAACCUCCUCUCCGGCUCCCUGCCCCCCUCCCUCUCCGCCCUCCGCCGCCUCCGCACCCUCGACCUAAGCUCCAACCGCCUCUCCGGCUCUGUUCCCCCCGCCAUCUUCCGCCUUCCGGAGCUCCGGACCCUCAUCCUCGCCCACAACCGCCUCUCUGGCCCCGUCCCCGCUGUCGCCUCCGCUCCUCUCCUCCGCCUCGACCUCAGGAGUAACGCCCUCACCGGCUCCGUCCCCUUCCUGCCCCCGUCCCUCGUCUACCUCUCCCUCGCCUCUAACCGGCUCUCCGGGUGGGUGGACCGGGUGCUCCCCCGGCUCACCCGGCUCCAGUUCCUCGACCUAUGCAUGAACCACCUCUCCGGCCCGCUCCCGGGAGUCCUCUUCACCUUCCCCGUCUCGACUCUGCGGCUGCAGAGGAACCAGUUCUCGGGUCCGCUCCGGCCGGCCAGCCCACUGCCGGUAGAGGGGGCCACGGUCGACCUGAGCUACAACCGACUCACGGGAAACGUACCGGCGGAGCUGGCGCCGGCUGGCCGGUUGUACCUGGACUUCAACCGUUUCACAGGGCAGUUGCCGGCAGCGCUGGUCGACCGGGUGGUGGCGGGCCGCAUGCGGGUGCUCUACUUGCAGCACAACUACCUGACGGGGUUCGGGAUCGGCGGCGCGGCAGCCUCCGUUCCGGCGGGCAUGUCUCUGUGCUUGCAGGACAACUGCAUGGUGCCGCCGGUCAACGCGGCGUGCCCGCGCAACGCCGGGCCGCAGAGGAUGCGGCCGCCGGAACAGUGCGCUGCCAUCAGGAACAGGGGCUGAUCGAAACGGAUGGUGAUUCUUCCGUUAAAUCCUCGUCCCGCAAAAGAAAUUAAUGGUAGAGUGGAUCUCUUCUCCCUGUCACCGAUCCAUGAACACAAAUGCCACGGAAGCAAUCUUCAAUCUGCAAUCUGCGACAUUGCAGCCUUGAGUGACUACUCUUGACUGUAUCACUAACUUCGAAAUGUAUCGAAGUCAGCUUAAAAGAUGCAGAGAUGUUGAAAAGGUGAUGACUCUGCUUUGCUUCGCAGGCACAGCUGUGAGUGGGUUGGACUGUGGGGAGGUCUACGGAGCUGCGAUUUCUUUGUCAGAGAGAUUCUCCAUUGCAGGAGACACGUUCUUGCAUCAAUAAUUAUGAUGCUACCUUGGUUCCAUGAUGGAGGAGAGAAUCCUGUGAGCUACACAUCAUCAAAAGAUUACUCUUUGCAGCAAAGAAUUCUCCCGAUGCAGUGUAAACGUCCACCAUCUGCAUUUAUUCACCCCAUAGGAACGAAGCACUGUUCUUCUCCAUCGCCCCACACGUCCAAGAAAGAGAAGCCAUGCAUUGAUGACACUGUCACGCUCAACCGUGAUGGGGACUUAACAUGCGAUGCCGGUCUCACAAACACAAGGCUUCAUUAUUCGGCUCACAUGGCCAUGGCCUUCGUAUCCCCACGUACUGCUCUGCUUCUCUCACAUGAUGGAUGAUGAGGCAUAAUUCAUUUGUGCCGCAAAAUAUAUAAUAUGUAAAUGACUGUCACGUAUAUAAUAUAUAAACAUGACCAAACCUAAUGAAUGCACGAAU